AAAAAAGAGAAAAGAAAUAAGUAUUCAAGGUGACGGAUUUGUUGAUUAGCCUGAUUUGAUCAUUCCACUAUGUAUAACUGUGUGGAAACAUCACAUUGUUCCCCAUAAACGUACUAUUGUAUGUCCAUUUAAAAAAGGAUAUAGACUGGUUCCAUCACCGGAAUAUCCUUUUGUUGCACUUUUAUAGCCAUACCUACUUUGUUCCUUCCCCAGCCCACUCCUUCUAUAGUUUUGCUAUUUUAAGGAUGUCACUGAAUGGAAUCAUACUGUUUGCAGUCUUUUGAAAUUGGCUUUUCCACUCAGGUUAAUUAUUUGGAUAUUUAUCCUAUAUAGAUGAGAGUAGUAUUCUAUGAUAUAAAUGUCUCCUGGUUUGUUUAACCAUUUACCUGCUGGAGGGCGUCUGGGUGGCAUCUAAUUUGGGGCUGUUACAAAUAAAGCUGCUGUGAACAUUCAAUGUACAAGUUACUGUGUGAAAAUAUGUCUUCAUUUCUCCAGGAUAAAUAUCCAGGAAUGCAAUUGCUGGGUCAUUUGGGGGUUAUGUUUUUAAUUUUUUAAGUAAUUGCUAAAUGGUUUUCUAUAGUGUCAGUACUGUUUAACAUUCUAACCAGCACUUUCUCUGCAUCCUCACCAGCAUUUGGUGUUGUCACUAUUUUUAUGUUAGCCAUUCUGGUAGAUGUGUAGUCAUCUCAUGGUUUUGAUUUAUAGUUCUCCGAUGGCUAAAGAUAUCCAACAUCUUUGCAGGUGCUUAUUUGUCAUCUCUAAUAUUUUUCUCCUGUGACAUUUCUUGUCUUGUAUUGUUUGCUUUUUUACUGGGAGUCCUUUUAUAUUCUAGAUAUGAGUCCUUGGUGGGAUAUGUGGUUUGCACAUAUUUCUCUCAGUAUGUAGCUUUUAACAAGGUCAUUGCAUAGCAAAAGUUUUCAAUUUUAAUGAAGCCCAAUUUAUCAGUUUUUUCUUCAAUGGAUCCUGAUUUUUGUUUCAAGUCUAAGAACUCUGAAUAGCUCUAAAUCCCCAAAAUUUUUCUCUUAGGUUUUGUUUUAAAAGUUUUAUGGUCUUAUGUUUUACAUUUAAGUCUAUGAUCCAUUUGGAUUUAAGAUUGAGUUAAGUUUAGCUCAAGGUUCUUUUUGUGCGUGUGUGGCCUGGAUGUCCAGUUGCUCCAGCAGCAUUAUUGAAAUAUGAUCUUACCUCCAUUGAAUUGCUUUUGCAUCUUUGGCAAAAAUCAGUUGAGCAUAUCUAUGUGACUCUGUUUCUGGAUUUUUCAUUGUUUCAUUAAUCUGUGUGUCCAUCCUUCUGCCAACAUCUGCAGCUACCAGUUCUGAGACACUAAGAAGGAAUUGGCUGUUUGCCUAAGACUCAGAAAGGGGCAGCUCUGCUUGGCCACAGGGAACACACUCAAGGCAGCUGGGGUCUAGUGACCAGGCACUUUUCUUAGGAUGUGGUCCACAGAGAGGAGGAAAGAAAUGUUAUUCAGUCUCAGAGACCAAGACAGACGCAUGGGAGGAGAUGGUGAGGACCUGAAUAACUGGAGGCAUGAUGAGUGGAGAGCCUGAGACAGGAUCCAUGCUUUGGGAGUAGGCCCCUGUGGACGGGGAGACCUUGGGCGGUUGGGGCUGAUUGGACUGGGCCCCCUGCUCCUCACAAUGAGGCCUAAAGCUACGGCCUCGUAUCCAGUGCUGUCCAGUGUCACCCAGGAAGGCAUGCCCUCCUUCGGCAGAAACAACGUUAAAAAAAACUGCUAUUGCUUUUUAGACAAAAACAAUAUGGAGACUUUUAUUUCAUUGAGUUUGCUUUUUAGUAUUUCCUUUCUUCUUGCUUUUGUUCUUUUUUUUUUUUCCAGAUUCUCGAGGUGAUUAUUGGAUUGAGACUUUUGUCUUUAUUAAUGUUUACAUUUAGUGGGGAAGUUUUCUUCCCAGCCCUACUUUAUAAGCUAUGUCCAGCAACAAAUUUUGAUAUUUUUGUUUGUAUUUUUUCACUAGCUCAGUACAUUGUAUUUAUUUAUUUAUUAUUUUGGGAUGAAAUCUGGCUGUGUUACCCAGGUUGGCUUCCAACUCGUGGGGACCAAGCAACCCUCCCACCUCAGCCGCUCAGGAAAUCCCCUUACCCAGGAUAUAUUGAACCUUUAUCAGGAACCAGAUGGAACAAGACGGCUGCUGAACUAUUUGCUUGAUAAUUUGUCAGGUACUGCAAAAAGAAUUUCAACAGAACAACCACCUCCAAGGUCUUGGAUUAUGUUACAAGAACCAGAUAGAACAAGGCCAACUGCCUUGUUUUCUGUCAUGUGCUAUAAUGUUCUUUGUGAUAAAUAUGCGACCCGGCAGUUAUACGGCUACUGUCCAUCAUGGGCACUAAACUGGGACUACAGGAAAAAGGCCAUUAUUCAAGAAAUCUUGAGCUGCAAUGCUGAUAUCGUAAGUCUUCAGGAGGUUGAAACGGAACAGUAUUACAGUUUUUUUCUGGUAGAACUGAAAGAACGUGGCUAUAAUGGAUUCUUUAGUCCUAAGUCUAGAGCUAGGACAAUGUCAGAACAAGAAAGGAAACAUGUUGAUGGCUGUGCAAUAUUCUUCAAGACAGAAAAAUUUACUUUGAUUCAGAAACACACUGUUGAAUUUAAUCAGCUAGCCAUGGCAAAUUCUGAAGGGUCUGAAGCUAUGCUGAACAGAGUCAUGACAAAAGAUAACAUUGGAGUUGCAGUACUGCUAGAACUUCGAAAGGAAUUGAUUGAAAUGUCAUCUGGAAAGCCACAUCUUGGAACAGAAAAACAACUUAUUCUUGUGGCUAAUGCUCACAUGCAUUGGGACCCUGAAUACUCUGAUGUGAAGUUGGUGCAAACUAUGAUGUUCCUCUCAGAAGUGAAGAACAUUAUUGAUAAAGCCUCUCGUAACCUCAAAUCCAGUGUAUUGGGAGAAUUUGGAACUAUUCCACUUGUGUUAUGUGCAGAUCUUAAUUCUUUGCCAGAUUCUGGUGUUGUAGAAUAUUUGAGCACGGGUGGAGUAGAAACAAAUCACAAAGACUUUAAGGAGCUGAGGUAUAAUGAAAGUCUCACAAACUUCAGCUGUCAUGGGAAGAAUGGAACCACCAAUGGAAGGAUCACUCAUGGUUUCAAGUUAAAGAGUGCCUAUGAGAGUGGUCUGAUGCCUUACACGAAUUACACAUUUGAUUUCAAGGGUAUAAUCGACUACAUUUUCUAUUCUAAACCUCAGCUGAACACCUUAGGCAUCCUGGGUCCUCUGGACCACCACUGGCUGGUUGAGAAUAACAUCAGUGGCUGCCCACACCCCCUCAUCCCCUCUGACCACUUCUCACUUUUUGCACAACUGGAGCUCUUACUGCCUUUCCUGCCCCAAGUCAAUGGCAUCCACCUUCCUGGCAGGAGGUAGUCAAGCACCUUCGGAGGACAGCCUCGAUUCACUUGUAAACUUGUGAAAAUCUGAACAUAAGGGAGUGAGGUAUGGCCACUGAGGAUUUUUGUUUUGAAUUUCCAAUCUGAUUAUUUGAUAAGGAUAUAGUAUGAAAGCCAGGUGCUAGCAACAGACAAAUUCUGAGCCCAGUAUGCUUUAUACUGCUAGACAGGGAUUGGUGUGUUUGCACCUAUCUUUAAUUUGUUAUAAGAAAUUUUCCUAUUUCUUCUAUCCAAUAUAAUAUUUUCAUGCCUUGAAAUAGGAAAAUGUUUGAAGAGCUUAUUCUCUUUGCACAGAAAUCUGUAGCACUACUUUUUUGAGGCCAGUAGUAACAUCCAGAGACCAUUCUUCCAUACUUUACUCCCUCCUUUUUCAGACUUGUUUGUAAAAUAUAGAAUUUGAAUUUAGCCUUUAUGAUUGUAUAUGAUCCACAGAAGACCUGAUUUAUGAAAUUUUGUACUAAAAAAAUCAUUUGGAAAUGAUUGUAUUGUAAACUAAGGCUAAAUUUUUUUUUAACCUGUUUCAUGUGUUAUAAAUGCCAGCUUGUAAAAGAAGCUGCAACAGACUUUCUCUGCUCAUGAUUUGCACUCUGAGGGUUUUGUUAGCCCUUUUGUACUACUUUAUUUUUAAAUUGAGAACAUGGUUCUUUAAAUAUAAAUCUGCUUAAACCUUAGGAUGUUUUCAGACCGGAGGCAACUUAUUCAUGAAUUUUUACGAAAACUAUCUACCAGGACAGAUAAGCUGAACAGUGAUGAUCUGUAGGCAUUUAUGGACUGAAUGUAAUGGUUGAUAUAUGUACAUUCUGAUAUUUUUAAAUCUUUAACUUUUUUAAGUUAAAAAACUACAGCUGCUAAGGUACAGCUUAACUCCUUUUUGAGACACUUCCUGUCCUAUCUCCACUGUGCCUGCCUAAAUUUGUUCUCAUCAAGCACUGCCUGUGCAUGCAGAGAAAAUCUGUGCAUCCUCUUUUAUAUUUUUAAAAUACUGUUUAACAUUUGUGAGAAUUUUAUGAAAAUGCUUUUGUAUGAGCUGUGGCUUUUUUUCCAUUGCGAAGCAUAAAAUAAUCACAUUUUGGAACAUGUUUAUGGGGUGGGUCCCUGGAUCUUUGCUCACCAGAUCCAAGCACUGCUUCUCGGUGUCAUUGCAGCGUACUGCUUGUCACCCAGAAUACUACUAUCAUGUGAAUUCUUUUUGUUGUCCGUGUAUUCCUUAGUCUUUUUUUUUAAUCAUUCCUUAUUUAAGAAGAAGCAAUUUUCCAUUUAUGAAGCAGUAUAAAUUAGAUGCAUUUUCAAAACAGGUCCCUAAGACAAUUGUUCAGAUCAUUUUUAAAAUGACUAAGUCAUUUUAGUAUGUCAACCAAGAUAAAACUUACAUCACACCCUCCAUUUUGCCUGUAGUGCCAUUAGUAGAAUAGAAAUGAAAACCAGCUUUAACUUUGCAAAGUGAACGUGUACAUGGUCUGUUCUCAUUUAUUCAUUCUUCUGUGAAAAGUCAAAUGAAUUCAGAGGGAGCUUGGUCAAACUGCUUUUGUUUCAACUGCAGGCAGGGGAGUAAAAGGACAGCAUGUGAGCAUUAGGAAAAAAAAUGUUGACUGUUAUUAACAAUUUUUAUACAGAGUGAGUCAUUUUGGCUGACUUAAAAUUUUAUGAAAAAUGUUCAGCACUUAAAUGUGCUUAUUCUGUUUUUAAGAGAAAAUAAAAUUACAUACUGUUUAAAUAAAUGAUUUUUUUUUUUUUUUCCUUUUAGAAAAUUCUCCAAAGAGUUUUGAUCUUGAAUCUUUGUCUUGGACCUGUUUUUUCCUUUGAGGGUUUUUGUUGUUUUUUUAAGAUUUCGUUGGGAUGUUUUGGUUUUGUUUUUUGCUUUUUGUUUAAGUUGUGCUGACACCAAACACGUCCAGUUUAUAAUCAGUACAUUGGAAAGCUGGUAUUGAUGUAAAACCAGUACAUAACUUUUUAUGGGGUUUUUGUUCUUGGUGUUUUUUUUUUUUUUUUUGUAAAGUGUGAAUUAAAGGUAUGUUUACUCAUUUUUCCUAAGCACUGUGUUGGUAAUAUGCAUCAUGACAAUUUCCAGUGAAGGUGAGCUGGAGCUGGUUGGACUGAGACUGAGGAAGCAGCCUUUCCUACGAUCUGCAUUAUGUAAUCACAGGUCCAGAGAGCUUUAUGGAAGGGGGAGGGGAGGAGCACUUACUCAUUUUGUAUUUGUUAAUGGAGGAUGUAAUCUUUUCGUAGAUGCUGGAACUAGAGUGCACUUGUUAGAUGCUAAAGGUUUGAGCUUUACACAAAAUGUAUUCAUCUGUAUUUGUUAUUGUCUAUAAUAUAUUUGAAUUUGGGGCAGCAUAUUAAGAUAUAAUGGCCUGUUAUGUCUUGAAAAUACUUGUUUUGCCUCUUCCAGGCAUACUGCAUUAUGUGAUCAGUUUGAACAGCUUCUCCACCUUAAUUUGGACACUGAUAAAUUGAACCAAGAGUGUAGAUUUACAAUUUAACCUUGAAAAGAGGAAGAAAUAUUUGGGGUCUAUAGGGAAUAAACAGUCGCACCAAAAUAGACUAUGAUGCUUUUCUUAAGCAAGGUUUCAUGUUUUAGAUAUUUUCUGUGUGUUAAAUAAUUUCCAAUAAUCUAUACUUUCUAAAAUGCAAUAAAAACUAGUAUGUUUUCGCAGUGUAGAUUUUUUUUUCCAAAAAUUCUGUAACAAAUAUAUUUAAUGUGUUGCCAUAAUGUAAUUUCAGUGUUUUUGCUGGAUAAAUCCAUUUUAGAAAUGUUUUACAAAAAGUUUGAGGCAUGUUUUCUGUUUUAAAGAUCAGGUGUUUGGAGGCAUUCAAGUCCUUGUUGCAAAUCUCUUGAAGUACAGCUUUACCAUAUUCGUGGUAAUUAUUUAUACCUUGAGAAUUUAAAUAUUGUUAUCAAGUUAAUUUAUGGCAUAAUUUAAGCUAAAGUUGUAGAAAUGAAGUGUCGAGUGCAACUUUAAUAGUCCCAAAGAUAGGCAAAGAACAUCUCCAAAAAUGUGUGUGUGUUUUUUUCUUUUGAUUUAGUGACAACUAGGAAAACUUACUUGGGGUUAUUAGCACUUUCAAACUUAGGGACAUUAUUAAUUUGGAUGGAAUGCACUUCUAAAUGUUUAAAAUUUCAAAGGUCUUCUGAGAUUCAGGUUCUCAAUAAUAACAUUGAAGUUUUAGAGUUUCACUCUGUACAAUUUAAAUUUAUGGAACCAGUUUCCAUAGUGACUUCUAAGGUUUUGGGCUCAUAUAUAAGGACAAAAGUCAACCUAGGCAAAACAGUUAACAAAUGUUGCAGAUAAUUCCAAGAACACCUUUAGCAGAUGUUUCUUCACCAUUCAUAAACAGUAUUUUAAGAUGUUCACUUUGCUUUUCUUUUUGGUUACAUAAAUUUUAAUAACUGGUAUGUUGAAGUAGUGUCUAAAGGUAUCUAGUCUUUAUUCACAGUACAUUAUAUUGUGUAAUGCACUGGACUAACUCUUGUUUACCAUUCAUGUAACAAAACCCAGCACAUUAUCUGCACUAUAAGCUCAAAGAAUGUCACAUUUGCCCAGGCAGCUCUUUGAUAAGGGUGAUGGGAAACUGAAUAUAUAUCAUAUGGACUGGUGGUAACAAGGGCUUUUACUGUUAUUUUCAGUGGAACCUUCUUGGUCAAAUUGUAACUAGCUAGUAUUAUAUUUAUAUACAGGGUCUUUUUUCUUUACCGAUGUAUUUUCCUACUCAUAGCCAACCAAUAAAUUCAAUAUCUGUUUCAAAUAUUUUAGAAGUGUAAUUUAUAUAGCUGUAGUACUGAGGUUUGAGGAAAAAUAAAUGUUAAUCAGCAAGACCACGUGUUUAAAAUUCUGAAUCAUCUGGGACAGGGUUGUAACUCACCCUUCCAAAGGGAAGAGUGCAGGGGAACAGGGCCAUGAUAUGGGGAAAUGGUGUAAACAAAUGUAUUUCUUUAUUGGCUGUGUUAUUCUGUAUAACACUCAUUUCUUUGCCAAAGUUCAAUUUUAUAUUUAGGCAACUGAUGGUCCUUUUGCAUUUAGGAUUUUCAUUGUUGUUACCAUAUACCUCAUAAUAUAAGAAAUGGGCUCAUGUGUCUUCCGUCUUUUGGAAGGAGGUUGACAUAUUUUAAAUAAAUGCUUUUAAAUACUGUAG